AUGAAGGAACUAAUCCGACGCCUCUCAAAACUAGGCGACUCUCCAUCGCAAUACAAGCUUCUAAGUAGCGAGACAGAGCAGCAGAAGGCCGUAUCAGAAGGGCACGUGCCGGUCUGCAUCGGAGAGGAGAUGGAGAGGUUUGAGGUACGAGCUGAGCUCUUGGGACAUCCAAUUUUUGAGAAACUUUUACAGAGAUCAGCUCAAGAGUAUGGAUAUGAACAACAAGGGGUCCUUCGAAUUCCGUGCUCGAUAUCUCUGUUUGAACGUGUUCUUGAUUAUCUUAUGGAGUUUGGCGAUCAACAAGAACUACCUGAUGAGAUUGAGAAAGAAAUCCUUAGAUUUUCUGAAGAUAACUAG